CGAAGAGCGUCACGUGCGGCAGAAGGAACAGCUAAAGAACAAGAUGGAGGAAUAUGCCAGAGAGCCAUGCCCCUGGAGGAUUGUUGACGACUGUGGAGGAGCCUUCACCAUGGGAGCUAUUGGUGGAGGAAUAUUUCAGGCAGUAAAAGGCUUCAGAAAUGCACCCUCAGGAAUGAGCCACAGAAUGAGAGGUAGCUUGACUGCCAUCAAGACCAGAGCCCCACAGCUUGGAGGAAGCUUUGCAGUUUGGGGAGGCCUCUUCUCCAUGAUUGACUGUGGUUUAGUAAAAGUACGAGGGAAGGAGGAUCCCUGGAACUCAAUCACAAGCGGGGCCAUGACUGGAGCGAUCCUCGCUGCAAGAAAUGGACCAGUGGCCAUGGUCGGCUCUGCAGCCAUGGGAGGUAUCCUGCUGGCGUUGAUAGAGGGCGCUGGAAUCCUGCUUACUAGGUUUGCUUCUUCACAGUUCCCAACUGGGCCUCAGUUUGCAGAAGAACCCGCCCCUGCUCCCAUGCCCACCCCUUCAUUUGGAGACUACCGACAAUACCAGUGAAAGGACCCCCCCCCCCCCCCCCCCCACACACCUCUCGUCCACUAGGCCUUUUUGAAUUCCUUGCUGAAGUUACAAAGAAGAAAUGGAGAUGUAAAAUACCACUCAUUAAACAAAAGCAACUGCAACCAACUUUAUGGACCAUUUAAGAGAACUGAAGGACGAAACACAUCUUCAUUUUUCCUUUUUUCAAGAGCCAUGUACAGAUCUGCCUUUUGCCAUUCUCAGCCUUGUCAUCUGUUUCACCUCACUUUGGUUAAAUACAGACAUGUGGUGAGAUUUGUUGUUUGAUGGUUUGUGGGUAAGAAGGUUGUUUAUCUGUUUUGUUCAGUGUGUACUGCAUGUAGCCCAACAAGUGGGAGGCCAAGACUGACAAGCUUUGGACAGUGAUGAAUCUAUCAAAACACGUCACACAUGGAACCACAUGAAUUAAAUAUAAGUAUGUGUACAUACAGUAAAAGCUUUGUACUUGUACUCACUUAUGUUAGUCUUUAUUUGCCUUAAAUAUUGUCCCCUGCUUGGGCUGGCCGCUGACAUUUGGUCGGCCUUUUUUAUCUGAUUGUCAUCAGUUACGAAGGCUAACACCAUUCAGAUGCAAUGCUGUUCCUGGGAUUUGUUUCAAAGUGAUUUAUUUAUUUUAGAUUGUAAAGAGUUGUACCAUAUUGUUUUAUUUUAUGUGACAGUGCUUUUACAUUCAACACAAAGUAGUGGCAAAGGCUGCUCAUGACAAAGGAUGGCUUCGGCAGUACAAACAAACGGAGAAAUUCAAGCAAGGGAUUGAUGCAUUCUGUAUGAAAUCUGUAUGAUAGAUUAUACUAUGGUACAAUAAAAAAUUAAGUUGUUAA